AUGUACCAUGCAAUUAAUGUUAUUACAAAAGGUAUUAAACCAAGUGAAUCUGAUGAAAAUUAUAAAACUAUUAAUCUAACUGAGCUGGAUAUAGCAUUUGAUAAUAAUAUUAGAUAUGAAAAUGUGAAAGAAGAUGAUAUUGCUGAUAAUCAAUCAAAAAGACAAAAAAUUAAGAUUAAUACAUCACAAAAUUCAAACAUGUUUAGCAGGAAAUGUGAACAUAGUGAUAAAGUUACUGAAUAUCUAAAGAUUAAAGAAAUUAGCUUUUUUUGA